AUGGUCGCCGAUGACAAGCCCGCGUCUACGUUCAAGUAUUCUGAGAAACCUUUGUAUACCACUUCCAAUGGAUGUCCAGUCGAGAAUCCCGAGGCUUUUCAGAGAGUUGGUUCAAAUGGGCCUCUUUUACUCCAGGACUUCCACUUGAUCGAUCUGCUUGCCCAUUUCGACCGGGAACGUAUCCCAGAGCGUGUUGUGCACGCAAAGGGUGCUGGAGCUUACGGACAGUUCGAGGUCACACAUGACAUCAGCGAUAUUACCUCCAUUGAUAUGCUAAGCAGCGUUGGCAAGAAGACUCCUUGUGUUGCUCGAUUCUCGACUGUAGGUGGAGAGAAGGGCUCCCCUGAUACCGCUCGUGAUCCUCGAGGCUUCUCCAUCAAAUUCUACACUGAAGAGGGCAACUGGGAUUGGGUGUACAACAAUACGCCAGUGUUCUUCGUCCGGGAUCCUACCAAGUUCCCGCUAUUCAUCCACACACAGAAGCGAAAUCCACAGACCAACUUGAAAGAUGCUACCAUGUUCUGGGACUACCUCUCCACCCACCAAGAGGCAGUGCAUCAGGUGAUGCACCUUUUCAGCGACCGUGGUACCCCUUACUCUUACAGACAUAUGAACGGGUACUCUGGCCAUACUCAAAAGUUCACCAAACCUGAUGGAACCUUUGUGUACGUGCAAAUCCACUUGAAGACCGACCAAGGGAGCAAGACCUUUACAAACGAGGAGGCUGGCAAGAUGGCCGCAGAGAAUCCAGACUGGAACACCCAAGAUCUCUUUGACUCGAUCCAAAAGGGCGAAUAUCCAUCAUGGACCACAUACGUCCAAGUCUUGACACCCGAGCAAGCCGAGAAGUUCCGUUGGAACAUUUUUGACUUGACAAAGGUCUGGCCACAAAAGGACGUCCCAUUGCGGCCAUUUGGAAAGUUCACCUUGAACAAGAACGUCGAGAACUACUUUGCCGAAAUCGAACAAGUUGCCUUUUCGCCAUCCCACCUGGUGCCUGGUAUUGAGCCAUCAGCAGAUCCAGUCCUGCAAUCCCGUCUAUUCUCAUACCCAGAUACUCAGCGUCAUCGCCUUGGUGUCAACUACCAACAGAUCCCCGUCAAUGCGCCAAUCCGUGCAUUUAACCCCUUUCAUCGGGAUGGCGCGAUGGCCGUGAAUGGUAACUAUGGCGCAAACCCCAACUACCCCUCGUCCUACCGCAGCCUGACCUACAAGCCCGUCAAGCCGACCAACGACCACGAAAAGUGGGCCGGUGCAGCCGUUAUGGAUCUCUCGGAAGUAGUUGCAGAAGACUACGUCCAAGCCAAGGGUCUCUGGGACGUUCUCGGCAAACAGCCCGGCCAGCAGGAUAACUUUGUCGGGAACGUGAGCGGACACUUGAGUGCUGCGAAAGAGGAUACGAGGAAGAGGACGUACGAGAUGUUUGGGCGUGUGGACGAGCAGCUUGGGAAGAGGAUUGCGGAGGCGACGGAGAAGCUGGCACCGGCUCCUGGCAGUCAGGCUGCUGGAUCGGCUCAGAGCCAACUCUGA